AUGGAAGAUACCCAUGAUAUAGAUGUGAUAACGUGGGGAGAGUUCAGAAGAUUAUUUGAGGCUGAGUGUAGAACAGUUGACCGGGUUCAUGAGAAGAUCCAAGAGUUUAUUAGUUUGAAGCAAGGGUCUAGUACAUUGAAAGAGUAUUCGGUGAAAUUUAACUCCCUUGCACGGUUUGUACCCGGAAUAAUGAAUACACCGAAGUUAAGAAAAGAUAAGUUCGUUCAUGGGCUGAAGCCAGAGAUAGCCCAGGAUGUAAUGGCAGGAGUAGAGCCCCCUCGAUCAUAUAAUGAAGCUUUAGAGCGGGCUUUAAGGGCAAAGAUAUUUGUAAAUAAGCUCACUCCAGUAGGUACAUCAAUAACAAGACCGAGUGAACCAUCUCCUGCUCCACAUAGAGAAAGAAUUGAUGUUGCAAGAAAUAGGGAAAUGAGGAAUAAGAAGAAAUUUCAGCCCAAGAAGAAUAGAAAAGAUUGGCAGAGUAAACGGCCAAGAACAGCAGAGUUUCCCCCAUGUCCAAAGUGUGGGAGAACUCAUCCAGGAGAGUGUCUAAGAGAGUUAGGCCUAAAUGUUUGUUAUUACUAUCGACAGCCAGGACACUUGAUGAAAGAUUGUAGAUUUCCUCUUCCACCUACAGCACAGACUUCUAGAGACACUAAUGCCAGGGUGUUUACAGUGGCACAGGGUGAAGCAGAGGCCAGUCCAUUAGCUAUUACUGGUCAGUUGUUAUUUCAUACAGUUCCUUUAUAUGCUUUGAUUGAUUCUGAAGCCACUUAUUUAUUUAUUACUUAUGGGAUGAUAGAAAGAUUAGGUCUGAAACCUGUUGUAGUAGACCAACCCAUUAAGAUAGAGUUACUUGAUGGGAAGAUUUGUCAGGUUUACCUCUGA